AUGGCUAAUUCUUUUAACUUGCGUCCCCAAGGUGGGCUGCCCGGUGAUACUGAGCCCAACCCAAAGCAAUUGCAUGCGGUAAGUACUAGAAGUGGGCUGCAAUUAGAGGAACUAGCUCCACAGAAGAGAGACACUGAGGUAAGUAACAAAGAAAAGAAGGUGGAAGAGGUAGUAAAAAGCUCCAAUGCUGAGGUUCACAUUAAUCUACCUUUGGUUGAUAUUUUGCAGGGUAUCCCGAAGUAUGCUAAAUACGUGAAGGACAUUGUGGAGAGCAAGAUGAGGCUCACUGAAUAUGAAACUAUAGCACUUACUGAGGAGAGAAACUCAAGGAUCCAAAACAGACUGCCAAAAAAGUUAAAAGGUCCAGGUAGUUUUACUGUGCAGAUUACAAUUGGGCAAAGUGUUCAUGCCCGGGGGUUGUGUGAUUUGGGGGUAAGUAUAAAUUUGAUGCUCUUAUCUUUGUAUAAAAAGUUUGGGUUGGGUAGUCCAAAACGAACCACUGUUAUUCUCCAACUCGCUGAUAGAUCCAUUGCUAGGCCAGAUGAGGUGGUAGAAGAUGUGUUACUGCAAGUAGGUUCAUUGAUUUUUUCGGUAGAUUUUGUGGUCUUAGACUUUGAACCCGAUUCUGAAGUUCCAUUCAUUUUGGGACGACCUUUCUUGGCCAUGGGUAGGGCAUUGGUUGAUGUAGCAGCUGGUCAACUAACUAUGAGGGCACAUGAUAAGGUUAAGGUAUUUGAUGUUUACCAUGGUUUAAAAUUACCUUCUAUUUAUGAAGAGUUGUCUGCUAUUAUUGUGGUUGAUCGCAUGGUAGAAUCACAAGUAGUUGUGCCCGAAGAUCGUUUAGAAAGAGUGUUAGAGGGUCAUGAGAUAGAGGGAGACACUGAAGCUCAAGAGAUUGAAUCAUGCUUAAAUCUAGCACUAGUAGACACUCGUAGGAAUCAAGUGGAGUCACUAGAUCGCGAGUUGGCCCCCCCACCAAAGCCAUCAAUAGAAGAAGCCCGUACGUUGGAACUAAAAGCUUUGUUAGCUCACCUAAGGUAUGCUUAUUUGGGUACUAAUGAAACUUUGCCUGUUAUACUUUUUGCAGAAUUGUUUGACUUACAGGUUGAUGCGGCAUUGAGGAUCUUAAAGCGGAGGCGGAAAGCAAUUGGAUGGCAGAUGGCUAAUAUUCAUGGGAUUAGUGUGGCGUUAUGCAUGCACAAAAUUUACAUGGAAGAGGAUCACAAACCCAAAACACAACAUCAACGUCAACUGAAUCUUGUGAUGAAAGAAGUAGUAAGAAAGGAAGUCAUAAAGUGUCUAGAUGCUGGAAUUGUGUACCCAAUCUCUGAUACUAAGUGGGUAAGUCCGGUACAAUGUGUUCCUAAGAAGGUAGGUUUUUACAGGCGAUUCAUCAAGGAUUUUUCCAAGAUUGCCAGACUUAUGUGCAGUCUUUUGGAGAAGGAGGUGAAGUUUGACUUUGAUGAGAUGUGUUUGAAAGCUUUUGAGAUGUUGAAGAGGAAUUUAAUUGAGGCUCCUAUCUUAAUUGCUCCUGAUUGGGGAUUACCAUUUGAACUCAUAUGUGAUGCAAGCGACAUAGAAAUGGGUGCAGUGUUGGGACAGAGAAAGAAUAAAGUGUUCCACUCAAUCUAUUAUGCAAGCAAGACGCUUGACUCUACACAAGCUAAUUACACAGUGACUGAGAAGGAGAUGCUGGCUCUAGUGUUCGCCUUCGACAAGUUCAUAUCGUAUUUGGUAGGUACUAAAGUGAUUGUUUUUACUGAUCAUGCAGCUAUUAGGUACUUGUUCAACAAGAAGGGUGCUAUACCAAGGUUGGAGGAUUUUUCACAUGUAAAUGAAGGUGAGCAAAUCCGGGAACAGUUUCCGGAUGAACAAUUGAUGGCAUUAGAUAUCUCUCAAGUACCAUGGUAUGCAGACAUUAUGAAUUUCAUAGUAAGUGGUGAUUAUCCUCCGGGUUCAACCACCCAACAAAAGAAAAAGCUCAAUCAUGAUGCCAAGUUCUAUAUAUGGGAUGAGCCGUUCUUGUUCAAGUAA